CCUACCGGUUACUGCGCGGCCUGCGGCGCUCCGUCUUCCUGCUGUGUCGCAGUGGCAGCAUGGAGGAGCUCAGCGGCGCUCAGCUUAUCGCUGAGGCUCUCAGGGCGCAAAAUAUCGAGUACAUGUUCGGCGUUGUCGGUAUUCCGAUCACUGAGGUGGCAGUUGCGGCACAGGCAGCUGGAAUCAAGUACAUAGGGAUGAGAAACGAGCAGGCUGCUUGUUACGCUGCAUCUGCUGUUGGAUAUUUGACUGGCAGGCCGGGAGUAUGCCUUGUAGUUUCUGGUCCAGGUUUUUUACAUACCCUUGGUGGGAUGGCAAAUGCAACCAUGAAUUGCUGGCCUUUGAUUGUAAUUGGAGGCUCUUCUGACAGAAAUCAGGAAACCAUGGGAGCUUUCCAGGAAUUCCCACAGGUUGAAGCUGCUAGGCUAUACAACAAACUAUCUGUCCGUCCAAGCAGCCUGGAAGUCAUUCCUGCUGUUAUUGAAAAGGCUGUAAGAACCAGUAUAUAUGGCCGCCCAGGUUCCUGUUACAUUGACAUACCUGGGGAUUUUGUGAAUCUUCAGGUGAAUAAGAGCUCUGUCAAGUAUGUAGAAUGCUGCCCACCACCUCCCAUCAGCACAGCUGAGCACUCUGCUGUAUCUGAAGCAACAUCUAUCAUUGCUCAUGCCAAGCAGCCUUUGCUAAUCAUUGGAAAAGGUGCUGCUUAUUCACAUGCUGAAAACAACGUCAGAAAGUUUGUGGACCUUUCUGGACUGCCUUUUUUGCCUACACCAAUGGCAAAAGGAGUAGUUCCUGAUAACCAUCCAAAUUGUGUAGCUGCAGCAAGAUCCACGGCAUUACUACAUGCUGAUGUAAUCAUCUUGCUUGGUGCGAGGUUGAACUGGAUUUUGCAUUUUGGACUUCCACCGAGGUUCCGACAAGAUGUAAAGGUUAUUCAGAUUGAUAUUUGUGCAGAAGAGAUGGGGAAUAAUGUGAGGCCAGCUGCAAUGUUAUUAGGUGAUAUAAACGCCAUAACUAAGCAGCUUUUAGAAGAAUUCAGCAAAAGACCUUUGAAAUACCCCUCUAAUUCAGAGUGGUGGAAGAGGCUAAGAGAGAAAAUGCUGAACAAUGAGGAAAGAUCAAAGGAUUUAGCAUUACAAAAAUCCCUGCCCAUGAAUUAUUACACAGUCUUUCAUCACAUCAGAGAACUGAUACCCAAGGACUGCAUUUUGGUAAGCGAAGGAGCAAACACCAUGGACAUCGGGCGAACUAUGCUUCCUAACUAUCAUCCCCGUCAAAGGCUUGAUGCCGGAACUUUUGGAACAAUGGGAGUUGGACUGGGUUUUGCCAUAGCAGCUGCACUGGUGGCCAAAGACCGAACACCUGAGAAGCGAGUCGUCUGCAUAGAAGGAGACAGUGCUUUUGGAUUUUCUGGGAUGGAAGUGGAAACUAUUUGCAGGUACAACUUGCCAAUCUUGAUUAUCAUAGUAAACAACAAUGGGAUCUACACUGGUUUGGAUGCAGGCAGCUGGAAAGAGAUGUUACAGUAUGGAGAUCCUGUUACAAGUGUACCUCCUGUUUCCCUCCUUCCAAAUGCACGCUAUGAGCAAGUUAUGUCUGCCUUUGGUGGUAAAGGAUACUUCGUUAAUACACCAGAAGAACUGCAGAAUGCUGUGAAAGCAAGUUUGGCUGACAAGCGAGCACCUUCUCUUAUAAAUGUAAUGAUUGAUCCACAGUCUGAAAGAAAGAAACAGGAAUUUCCCUGGCUUACUCGUUCUAACCUGUAAAAGAAGAUGAAGUUGGCCAUGGUGCAAGACAUGCAUGAAGCAAAGCUAAAUUGGUUUCUGGAAGAGGAAACAAUGCAACUCUUACAUAAACAGUGGAACAAAAUGGAAAUUAAAAAUUGAUAUCAGAGUAAUCUUUAAAUGAUGAAAUUAAGUAACUGUGUAGUGAACAGGACGCAUUUUAAUGUAUAUCAGACUCCCUUAGCAGACUGCACAGAAAAUACGGAUGAUGAGGCUGUAUAACUUUUCAUUUACUCAAACUUAUAGUCAUCAAGAUUUGUGAAUUAAAAUUUUAGGCGUUCUGGAAGAAGAGAAUAUGCUGACAGUUUUACACUGUUAGAAAUACAGAAAUUUUAGGCAGUCUGGAAUUAGAGUAGCUUCGUUUUUAACUGGUGCUACUUGUUUUGAGACCUUAUCCUGUGAUUACUGAGAUGAAGUAUUGUGCAAGUGCUCAUUGGAAUAAUUGUGCUUUGGAGCCAAUUGGGGAAACAGUCACUUAAUGAUUUUACAUGAUGCUUUUUUAGCUUCUACUCUAGGUAGAAGCAGUGUGUGAGAAAUAACUUCUUUACUGUAAGGGUGAUGCAGCAGUGGAGCAGGUUGCCCAGAAAGGCUGUGGUGUCUCCUUU